AUGGAUCCGGUGGCCGAGAUCGGCGUGGGCGCCUACGGCACCGUGUACAAGGCGCGGGACCUGCAGAGCGGGCGCUUCGUGGCGCUGAAGAACGUGCGGGUGCCCAGCACCGAGAACGGGCUGCCGCCCUCCACCCUGCGCGAGGUGGCGCUGCUCAAGCGCCUCGAGCACUUCGACCACCCCAACAUCAUCCGGCUGAUGGACGUGUGCGCCACCAUGCGCACGGAGCGCGAGACUAAGGUGACGCUGGUCUUCGAGCACGUGGACCAGGACCUGAAGACCUACCUGGACAAGGCCCCGGCCCCCGGGCUGCCCCCUGACACCAUCAAGGACCUGAUGCGGCAAUUCCUGCGGGGCCUGGACUUCCUGCACUCCAACUGCAUCGUGCAUCGCGACCUGAAGCCCGAGAACAUCCUGGUGACCAGCGGCGGGCAGGUGAAGCUGGCCGACUUCGGGCUGGCCCGCAUCUACAGCUGCCAGAUGGCCCUGACACCUGUGGUAGUGACCCUGUGGUACCGGGCGCCCGAGGUCCUGCUGCAGUCGACCUAUGCCACCCCCGUGGACAUGUGGAGCGUGGGCUGCAUCUUCGCAGAGAUGUUCCGGCGCAAGCCUCUUUUCUGCGGCAACUCUGAGACCGACCAGCUGGGCAAGAUCUUCGACAUGAUUGGGCUCCCGGCGGAGGACGACUGGCCCCGAGACGUGUCCCUGCCCCGCGGUGCCUUCAAGGCCCGUGGCCCCCAGCCUGUCAAGACCUUCGUGCCUGAGAUAGAGGCCCUGGGUGCCCAGCUGCUGUUGGAGCUGCUGACCUUCAGCCCCCACAAGCGGAUCUCGGCCUAUGAUGCCCUACAGCACUCGUACCUCCAGGAUGCCAGUGCAGGAGAGGGGUAGCCCCCCUCCGCCCCAGACCACCCAGAGGACUUGUGCACAAGGACACUGCCCCACCGACCCCACCCCCCUCUCCGCUGGAGGGCGUUUGGGGCAGAGGUGCUGCCAGCUGGACGAUGCCAUGGACGGUGCCUACCCCCACUUCACCAUGGGGCACCUGGGCCCCUCUCCUGGACACUGACCUGCCCCUGGUGAAGCCCCCCCACCCAGACACUGACCUGCCUUGACAUUACGGCCAUAUCGCCAUUCCACCCUGCCCCUGGUUGUAGCCACGGUUUCUCCCCACACUGGUCCCCCGCAGUGUCCAGGGGCUGCUGCUGUUCCUUGUUUCUGGCCACAAGCUGCUUGUACGAGGGCAGGCAGGGAACACCCCCCCACCCCCCCACCCCGUGCAACUUGCUUGCACGGGGGGGAGGGGAUGUGUCGGUGUGAGGGGCUUCCUGGUGAGCACAUGGGGUCUUCAGGACAUCCCGGUGUUCAUCCGCCGUACCAGUCUCAGUGCUUACUUUUCCCACUGCCUUAUAAGGCUCUGUAUUAUUUUAUUGCUUAGUUCGGGGAAGGCCUAAAAAGCCUUGGCAGAACUCAGUUUGCCCGCUACACUCGGGCCCAUGUUAUCUAAACUUGGUGCUAGCAAAGUCAUGAAAUGGCUCAGACAGGAACAAUCCCAGAGAAAUGACAGAAAACUUGCCUGCAUCAUGCGUAGCCUGAGGGGAGCAUCUCCCCACCGCUGGCCAGGCAUCCGGGGGCAGCUGAGGUCCACAGGUCUCAUUCCGGCUUGCUUUUCUGGGCGAUUUGCCUCUCCUCUCCCUGCCCCUGGGCGCCUUGCCAGCGGCCCAUCUUUGCCCCUCUCAGGACCUUUGUUGGCUCUAGUGUCCCUGGUUUUCCCAGGGUUUAUCAUGUGCCUGGAACGGGUGGUGCUGCUUACAAACUGCCCCCCUUGAAGGCUGAUCUGUUGUAGCCCCUGGGUGCAGGUUACCUACUGCCUCUGGGAGCAGUUCAGUCCUCUGCUUUCCUGGAGUCACACACGGAAUUUCCUUGACCUCUUUUUCCCACCCACUACAGAAUUAGUUCAAGGGCUCUGAACUGUUGUGACUAUGCCACGCAUGUGCCUUGCACCAGGGAAUCCCCUGGUGCUCCGGUGUGCCUUGCAAAGGGGUGGGGGGGUCCAUGGUGCUCACGAGCGAGCAGCUCACGUGGGGGUGGGGAGGCUGUGACAGUUGGUAUUUAUAUGAAUUAGUUCUAUGAAAAGCACAUUAUGAAUUAUGAAUUAGUGAUGUUUUCUACCUGCUCUGCAGACACUGCCAUUCCAAUAAAGGGCAGUGGGGAGGGCUUGGCCCAGCCCCACUCUGCUCUUCA